AUGGAAUCACCACCACUUUCUGACGAAAUGAUAUUGCCAAUGAGGAAGGCUGCGCGUAGAGAUGCCCAUGUCUCUGUAUGCCUUCCUAACAUGUUUGUGCUCUUUUUAUCGGAGAAGCCAGUCAUCAACAGGUAUUAUGAAACCGUAAAGGAAGAGUCCGAGUUAUGGAUAGCAAGAAUAUGCGCGUUUGGAAACAGGACUCGACGAGUUAUCACGAACUGCGAUUUUUCGUACUUCUGCUCAAUUGUAGUACCAGAUGCUUCGCCUUUAGAGCUUCGGACAGUAUGUGAUUGGGGCAACUGGGUCUUUCCAUUCGAUGAUAUGUUCGACAAUGGAGGUCUAAAGGAUGACCCCAUACAAGCUCAACAAUUGGUCAACAGUCUCCUAAAUGGUAUGCAAGAUGAUGGGACUGUGUCAGACGAUGGCGAAGAGCACCCUCUAGUUCAAGUUCAUAAUUCUGUAUGGUGUCGCCUUGCCAAGACUUCUCCAGUUGGUGUCCGUCGCAGGUUUGCAAAGGGCAUGAGAGAUUACUGUACUGGAGCCAUCGAACAAGUCCAUAGUUGUUCUAGGGGCAAACACCCCACACUAGACGAGAUGCUCGCAUUACGAAGACAGUCUGCCGGCGUUUCACCUCUCUUUGCCCUAGUUGAGUAUGGCCACAAGCUCCAUAUCCCAGACUCGGUCUUCGAGACUAGAAGCAUCAAGGAGAUAGAAAGAAUCGGAAUUGACCUCGUUCUAUUGCAAAACGAUAUUCUCUCGUAUUGCAAAGAAGAGAAAGAAGGUGUAGCUCACAACAUGGUUGCCAUUUGUCGACGCGCGGGAAUGCCCGCACAGAUGGCCUUUGACCACAUUGGUGGUAUGCUCCUUUCCCGUUAUCAUGACUGGUACCUUGCGCUAGCAGACCUACCCAGUUGGGGCGAGAGUGUCGAUUCGGAGGUUCAACAAUACAUUCGUGGAGUACAGAAUAUUGUCAAAGCUAAUCUUCACUGGAGCUUUCGUUCCAGACGAUACUUUGGAGAGGUGAAUGAAGAGGUCCGAAAGACCGGCAUCGUAAACGUGCAGCCACAGAGUGCCGAUGUUGAGCUGACAAUUCUCUAA